GAAAUAAAACAACAGUAAAAAGACAGGCUAUAUACCGUGGCGAGGCUACAUACAGACACCGGUUAGUCAGGCUGAUUGAGGUAGUAUGUACAUGUAGAUAUGGUUAAAGUGACUGCAUAUAUGAUGAACAUAAAGUAGCAGCAGCGUAAAAGAGGGGUUGGGGGGAGCAAUGCAAAUAGCCCGGUUAGCCAAUGUGUGGGAGCACUGGUUGGUCGGGCCAAUUGAGGUAGUAUGUACUUGAAUGUAUAGUUAAAUUGACUGUGCAUACAUGAUCAACAGAGAGUAGUGAAACGCUAGCUUAGUUGGUGGUGCGCGGUAAAUAGUGUUUCAAUCGCUGCUCUGCAAGGGCCGCGGAUUUUGUGGAGCGAUGGGUAACGAUGCUUCGAGGGGUGACUGUUGUUGAUGUGUGCAGAGGGUUCUCUGGUUCGCGCCCGGGUAUGGGCGAGGGGACGGUCUAAAGUUAUACUGUUACAUUGAUGCUGUUGACCCGGAUCACUGGUUGCUGCGGAAAAGGAAGAGGUCAAAGGGGGGGUGAGUGUAACGGAUGUGAAACGCUAGCUUAGUUGGUGGUGCGCGCUAAAUAGUGUUUCAAUCGGUGACGUCACUUGCUCUGAGACCUGCUCUGCAAGGGCCGCGGCUUUUGUGGCGCGAUGGGAAACGAUGCUUCGAGGGGUGACUGUUGUUGAUGUGUGCAGAGGGUUCCCUGGUUCGCGCCCGGGUAUGGGCGAGGGGACGGUCUAAAGUUAUACUGUUACAGUAGCAGCAGCGUAAAAGAGGGGUUGGAGGGAGCACAAUGCAAACAGAUCGGUUAGCCAAUGUGCGGGAGCACUGGUUGUUUGGCCCAAUUGAGGUAGUAUGUACAUUAAUGUAUAGUUAAAGUGAUUAUGCAUAUUAGAGGUCGACCGAUUAAGAUUUUUCAACACCGAUACCGAUUAUUGGAGGACCAAAAAAAAAAGCAGAUACCGAUUAAUCUGCAGAUAAAAAAAUAAAAGAUAAAAAAAGUAUUUAUUUGUAAUCGAUUUCCGAUUGUUAUGAAAACUUUAAAUCUCCCCUAAUUAGUUGCCCAUUCCGAUAAUUCUAAAAUCGAUUAAAUAAAAAAAACUAAACACAAUACCCAAUAAAGACAAAGCGAAAACAGGUUUUUAGAAUAUUUUUCAAAUACCUUAUUUCCGUAAAUAUUCAGACCCUUUGCUAUAAGACUCAAUUUAGCUCCUGUGCAUCCUGAGUCCAUUGAUUAUUCUUGAGAUGUUGGAUAAGAUUUGGUAUGGCACACAGCUGUCUAUAUAGGGUCCCAGAGUUGACAGUGCAUGUCAGAGCAAAAACCAAGCACAAUGAGGUCGAAGGAAUUGUCCGUAGAGCUCCGAGACAGGAUUUUGUCGAGGCACCGAUCUAGGGAAGGGUACCAAAAAAUGUCUGCAGCCUUGAAGGUCCCAAAGAACACAGUGGCCUCCAUCAUUCUUAAAUGGAAGAAGUUUGGAACCACCAAGACAAUUCCUAGAGCUGGCCGCUCGGCCAAACUGAACAAUCUGGGGAGAAUGGCUUUGGUCGGGGGUGACCAAGAAGCCGCUGGCCACUCUGACAGAGCUUCAGAGUUCCUCUGUGGAGAUGGGAGAACCUUCCAGAAGGACAACCAUCUCUGCGGCACUCCACCAAUUAGGCCUUUAUGGUAGAGUGGCCACUCCUCAGUAAAAGGCACAUGACAGCCCGUUUGGAGUUUGCCUAAAGGCAUCUCAGACUAUGAGAAACAAGAUUAUCUGGUCUGAUGAAACCAAGAUUGAACUCUUUUGCUUGAAAGCCAAGCGUCACAUCUGGAGGAAACCUGGAACCAUCCCUACGGUGAAUAUGCUGGUGGCAGCAUCAUGCUGUGGGGAUGUUUUUCAACGGCAGGGCUGGGAGACUAGUCAGGAUUGAGGGAAAGAUGAACAGAGCAAAGUACAUAGAAAUCCUUGAGGAUCAAAUUUUAUUUGUCACAUGCGCCGAAUACAACAUGUGAAAUGAUUACUUACUACAAGCCCUUAACCAACAAUGCCAUUUUAUGAAAAAAAAGUGUUAAGUAUUUACUAAAAUAAACUGAAAAAAUAAAUAAUAAUAAUUAAGGAGCAACAAUAGAAUAACAGUAUUGAAGCUAUAUACAGGGGAUACUGGUACGGAGUCAAUGUGCGGGGACACCGGUUAGUCCAGGUAAUUGAGGUAAUGUGUACAUGUAGGUAGAGGUAAAGUGACUGCAUGAAUAAUAAACAGAGUAGCAGCAGCGUAAAAAUGGGGGUGGGGGAAGGACAAUGCAAAUAGUCCGGUUAGCCAUUUGAUUAGCUAUUCAGGAGUCUUAUGACUUGGGGGUAGAUGCUGUUAAGAAGCCUUUUGGACCUAACUUGGCGCUCCGGUACCACUUGCCGUGUGGUAGCAGACAGAACAGUCUAUGACUAGGGUGGCUGGAGUCUUUGGCAAUGUUUUGGGCCUUCCUCUGACACCGCCUGGUAUAGAGGUUCUGGAUGUAAGGAAUAUUGGCCCCAAUGACGUACUGGGCCGUAUGCACUACCCUCUGUAGCGUCUUGCAGUCAGAUGCCAAACAGUUACCAUACCAGGCGGUGAUGCAAUCAGUCAGGAUGCGCUCAAUGGUGCAGCUGUCAAACUUUUUGAGGAUCUGGGAACCCAUGCCAAAUCUCUUCAGUCUCCUGGGGGGAAAUAGGCAUUGUUGUGCCCUCUUCACACCUGUCUUGGUGUGUUUGGACCAUUCUAGUUUGUUGGUGAUGUGGACACCAAGGAUCUUGAAGCUCUCAACCUGCUUCACUACAGCCCCGUCGAUGAGAAUGGGGGCGUGCUCGGUCCUCCUUUUCUAGUAGUCCACAAUCAUCUCCUUAGUCUUGGUUACGUUGAGGGAGAGGUUGUUAUCCUGGCACCACACUGCCAGGUCUCUGACCUCCCUAUAGGCUGUCUCAUUGUUGUCAGUGAUCAGGCCUACCACUGUUGUGUUGUUGGCAAACUUAAUGAUGGUGUUGGAGUCGUGCUUGGCCAUGCAGUCAUGGGUGAACAGGGAGUACAGGAGGGGACUGGCCCCCGUGUUGAGGAUCAGCGUGGCAGAAGUGUUGUUACCUACCCUUACCAACUGGGGGGGGGCAACCUGUCAGGAAGUCCAGGAUCCAGUUGCAGGGGGAGGUGUUUAGUCCCAGGGUCCAUAUCUUAGUGAUGAGCUUUGAGGGUACUAUGGUGUUGAACGCUGAGCUGUAGUCAAUGAAUAGCAUUCUCACGUAGGCGUUCCUUUUGUCCAGGUGGGAAAGGGCAGUGUGGCGUGCAAUAGAGAUUGCAUCAUCUGUGGAUCUGUUGGGCACUAUGCAAAUUGGAGUGGGUCUAGGGUUUCAGGGAUAAUGGUGUUGAUGUGAGCCAUGACCAGCCUUUCAAAGCACUUCAUGGCUACCGAUGUGAGUGCUACGGGUCGGUAGUCAUUUAGGCAGGUUACCUUGGUCUUCUUGAGCACAGGGACUAUGGUGUUCUGCUUAAAAUAUGUUGGUAUUACAGACUCGGUCAGGGACAGGUUGAAAAUGUCAGUGAAGACACUUGCCAGUUGGUCAGCGCAUGCUUGGAGUACACGUCCUGAUAAUCCGUCUGGCACUGCGGCCUUGUGAAUGUUGACCUGUUUCAAGGUCUUGCUCACAUCGGCUGCAGAGAGCCUGAUCACACAGUCGCCCGGAACAGCUGAUGCUCUCAUGCAUGCUUCAGUGUUGCUUGCCUCGAAGCGAGCAUAGAAGCUAUUUAGCUCGUAAUCUCUUCGAGAGAGGACUCCGACUGGGGCGAAGGUUCACCUUCCAACAGGACAACGACCCUAAGCACACAGCCAAGACAGCGCUUUAGUCCCUUCGGGACAAGUCUCUAAAUGUCCUUGAGCCUUGAGUGGCCCAGCCAGAGCCCAGACUUGAACCCCAUCGAACAUCUCUGGAGAGACCUGAAAAUAGCUGUGCUGUGACACUCCCCAUUCAACCUGACAGAGCUUGAGAGGGUCUGCAGAGAAGAAUAGGAGAAACUCCCCAAAUAAAGAUCAAUUGCAGACUACUUCUCUACGAAAAGCAUUACUGGUGGAUUUUCAGCCCCCCCUCAGGUUCUCUGGCAGGCUAUUCCAGAGGCUGGGGGCAUAAUAACUAAAAGCUGCCUCUCCAUGCCUCUUGGUCCAAGGCUUUGGGAUCGUUGAAAGGCCAGUCCCAGAGGGACCUAAUGGGUGCAUUACUUGUCAAAGAUGUCAUCCCUUUGGGGUCUCCUCGUCCUGAACCCUCACCGGCCCUCUCCUCCAUCCAGGAGACCGAGAUGAAACCCUCUCAGCCCCCCGGACACCUGUCCAACCCCAACACUUACCCCCUGCCCAAACUCAGGGCGAAGACCGCUCCUGGCCUGCCUCCUCCCCCUCCCCACCUGCCAGGGGUACACCACCGAGCCUCCCGGGUUGGAGUUGGGGGUGAAGCCAAGGAUGGCCCGGCCAACUUUACAAACACCCUAAUCAGGAAAACCCAGCAUUCCCACAGCCCUGUGACCCCUGACCCCUAUAGGGGCAAGAACUUUAACACUUGGGGUGGUAUGGGAAGGGACAACCCACUGUCACCCUCCUCCCUUCCCCCAUGCAGAAUCAGUGCCCCCAGCAGAAGGAGGGACUAUGGAGUGGUGCUGAGGGAAGACAUGAACAAGAAACUCAAGAGUCGUGAUUCCCUGGACCACAGAGGAACCACUCCCUCUAACAAGCAGUUUACUCCAGGAGGCACCAGAUCCAUGUCUCUGAAGAGACUCAGACACCCAGACUUGGAGGAGAGAAACAGAGGAAGAGGAGAGGACAUGGCUAAAAAGAGACUUCAUCCAGAGGACGAUAUCCCAGACCCUAUCAGUACCUGUUGCCCACCCGAUGGAACAGCCAGUUCUAAAAUGUCCACCAACCCCAACCCAUCCUACCUGAAGAAAGUCUUCAUGAAGAACAAUCUGAGCUCAAGUCCUACUCUAAGGUUGAAGGAGAGUCUCACCCCUAAGAAGACAGAGGAAGGGAUGGAGGGAGACAGGAGUACUUUCCCAACCUAUCCACUCUCCACACCCAAACCUGCGAGGAAGCGCUGCACCGCACAUGGAAAGACACCAUGCUGCAAUAAUGUGAGGGAGAACAGCAACCCUCAGGCCGGAUACAGGGGAAUGAAUCACCAAUCUGGCAACCCAGCCAACCUGCCAGUCACAAUCCUUAGUAGAGGAGAAUGUAGUAGAGCUAAAGAGACCAGAGAGCGAAAGAGUGGAGGAAGAGAACCGACAGUUCGCCCCGACGGGAGAACCCCCAAACCCGACUCAAAAUCUCAGAGCUCGGACUCGAGCUGCCCUAGUUCUCGGUGCCAUCACGCAUUGGAAAAGAAGCGACACGUCUCUCGCCCACGGAGAACGUCUGCCUUGCCGGAUGACCUGAAUGACCUUUUCACCCCUGACCCCAUAACCUCUAGCCUGUCUAGAGCAGCGAUGACCUUUUCUCCCAGUCCCCAGAGAGGAGACAGGUCGCCCUCUGUGCACAACAAGGUUCCUCUGCCUGUUGUGUUGGCUACUGUCAGUGAUGCUAGUAUGGAACCGGGGUCCCCCUAUGUAACAAGCCCUAGAGAAAUCCCCCCAAAAUCCCGCUCACAGCGAAUCCCAUGUCCCAAGAUCUCUUCCUGUACGGACACUGCAAUGGACCCCUGUAAGCUACUCCUGGACCCCAAAAUCUACUCCUCCUUUGUAAGGCUGGAGUUGAGCAGGAAUGACUUGACUAAACUAGAGACCGGCUUGUACAGAGCCAUCACCAGCACUGUAUCAUCCUCAGGGAAGCCCUCAUCCCCUCAGGAUGUCGCCUCAGGACUGAAAACAAGAUCUUCUGGUAUUGCUUCAGCAGAGUUGGUGUCAACUAUGAAUGAGGAUGAGAAUGCCUACCUCAAGACUGAGUCCUCCGUUCUGAAAACUAUCCCCCUCUCAGCCUCUGCAAAGUCCUCAUCCUCAUGGAAGGACAAGUCAUUUAGCAUGGAGACGGCAGACCUCAAAACCAGUCCCUUCUCAACCCUGGACCAACAUGGACAAGGAAAGGAGGGUGAAGAGAGGAAGGAAGGAGACCAGAAGGUCCAUAAGAGUUUAUCGUUCCUUGAGGAAGGAGAACAAAGAAGCAUCAAGAACAAUUCCUGUAAGAGUCUGGAGGGGGACCCUGUGGAUGUGGAGUUGAGCCUAGGCCUUGACCUGAGCCUGGGGCUAGAGUUGGCGCUAUCCCAGACCAGCAGCAGCAGUGACGAGGACCAGCUGCCGUCCCUGCAGCAGAUCCUGGACCGUACCGCCUGGCCUCCAGACACCCCAGAAGAAGGAACCAUCCCUGCACCCAGCAUCCCCAUUGGGCUCCUACACCACAGCCAACCACCAUCUUCAUCUAAAGCCACCAGUUACAGGAACAACCUGGAUGAGAUGCUGAAGGAAAAGGAGAGCAUUCAAAGGUCUAAGGAGAUGGAAGCCAAGCUGCAUCUCUCCUGUAAGGAGAAACUGCUGAGAUUGGCUGAGGAAGAGGAGGAGGAGAACAUUGAGGAGGCUAUCUCGCAGCAGCAAAAGGAUUUCCUGCAGCGUUUCUCGGUGUUGUCUAGUGCCAUCCAGGACCUGCACCCCGGGGAAGCGGUGUUCAACCUGGACAACUUUGGCCGUCUCUUCAGCCAACACACACUGCAGCUGAGACGCUGUAACGUCACCCCGUGUGACACCACACAGAAAACAAUCCUAUGCUCCUCUCCAGACCAGUUCAGGACCCAGGUCAGUUCCCAGCUGUUCCAGAGAGCCUACUGCUCCUCCCCCUGUCCUCCCCAGGUGACCCGCUGGCUCUUCCAGAUGAUGUCAGUCCACUCAGACAGGCUGACCUGUCAUCAGGUACUAAAGGCCCUUGGAGAUAUUGCCUGCUCUGCUGCUGAACACAUGGUACUGAAUAAGAGUGAGAGGUUUGAGGUGUGGGUGCCCAGUAUUGGAGACAUGACCCUGGUCUUCAUGAACAUGGGGGUUCCCUUUGUCACCCUUUUCCCCCUGGAGAACCUACAACCCCCCUUCACUGAGGGAGACCUGAUAGAGGGCCUCCAGAUCAGCACAGAGAGCCUGUCCAGCAAGAAGGAGAUCAGAACUUUCCCUGAACACAACUUUGACAAUGUCGUCAAGUACAUGUGUCAUUGUACGUCGUUGUGCCCGCGGGUCUACAGUGACGGAGAACUGUUGUUACUCCUGACGGUGGUGAGCAGAGUGGGCCUGGACACGCAGCUCGCCCUCCAGCCCACUGAGCACCUCCGCUCCCUACUGCACAACCUGGUCAACAGCAUAAGGGACUUGGACAUCAUGCUACCCAGGAUCUGCAUGUCGCUGAUUGCCCUGACUGAGGACCACCACAACCUGCGCUGGCUGGUUGAGCUCCUGCCAGACAGCAUGCGCGGCAAGCAACUCAGGAGACACCUCAGUGUGUCGGCGAUCUCCAAGCUGCUAAACAACAGAUGCACUUACAUUCCCUCCAACACAGAGUUCCAGCUGUCAGACCUGCGUCCCUACCUCUCCCAAAUGCGGCCCUCCUCACUCCUCCGGGGGCUGGCCACCUCCUGCUACAGGAGGAGUCACCACCCACACAGAGAGCGGGAGGAAGCGGAGGACUGUGCCUCCCUGGACCAGCAGGCCUACUACCUAUGCUACAGCCUCCUGGCCUUGGCCAACGAAGCCACCAACUUUGAGUUCUUCCCUUCGGAGCAAAAGAACCAGUUGUUGUUGCUAAGUGCUGAGCUGGAGAAACACAUCAAAAGUGACAUCAGGGAGAGUGAGAAGAUGCUUUACAGGAGCAGGGUGAAGGACCUUGUUGCCAGGAUCUACACCAAGUGGCACGUGCUGGUCCAGAGAACCAGGCCUCUCCAGGAUAAACUGUAUGACUUCUGGCAGCCUCCGCCUGAGGAUGCUGUGAGCAGCAGCCAGGAGAGCCAACACUCCCACAGGGAGAGCGACGGGGAGGAAGAGAGAGAGGGGGACAGGGUCAUGGGAGGUGGAAGGUGAAGAAGAUGAGGGGGACGAGGUGAUGGAUGGAGAGGGACAAGACAAGGAGGAGAGGAUUGCAGUGAAGUCUUUGGCAAUGGAGGAUGAGAGUGAUGAGAAAGAGAAGACACCAGAAAAGCACUUAGUCAUGGAGGAAGCUGAGGAAGAAAAGGACAUUCAGGGGGAGGAGGAAGAUACAUUCCUAAAGAUGGAGGAGAUUGUGGAACUUACGCUAGAGGAUUCAGAUGAGGAACCAGAUAUGGAAGACAUGGUGGCAGAAAGGACAGAAGUAGAACUGAGGGUCACAGAAAAGAGGGAAGCAGCGGAGGAGGAGAGAAGGGAAGAACAGACUGAAGGGAGAGACCUGAGGAGAGACUGAGGAGAGAGGGGAAGAACAGACUGAAGGGAGAGACCUGAGGAGAGACUGAGGAGAGAGGGGAAGAACAGACUGAAGGGAGAGACCUGAGGAGAGACUGAGGAGAGAGGGGAAGAACAGACUGAAGGGAGAGACCUGAGGAGAGACUGAGGAGAGAGGGGAAGAACAGACUGAAGGGAGAGACCUGAGGAGAGAGGGGAAGGACAGACUGAAGGGAGAGACCUGAGGAGAGACUGAGGAGAGAGGGGAAGGACAGACUGAAGGGAGAGACCUGAGGAGAGACUGAGGAGAGAGGGGAAGGACAGACUGAAGGGAGAGACCUGAGGAGAGACUGAGGAGAGAAGGGAAGAACAGACGGAAGGG